AUGACGCCGAGCAGAGGGCUCUCGAGGGCUGCAUCGAGUGCAGCCAGCCUCAACUCGCGGCGGCAAGCGCUGGUAGCGAGCAUCGCAAGGCCAACACGAGCAAGGGAGCUCUUCGUCGGCUCAACUGCAGCCCUUGUGUCAUCAUCGGAUGCUGCACGUCCACGGCGGCCAGUGCCAUGGCCAGCCAGUGCUCGAGCAGACAGGCGUGCCAUCUCAUGGUCUGCUUCCACAGCGAGACCGUGGGCGAUGGGCAAGAAAGCAUGUCCAGCUUGUCGGGCUCUUUCUAGCCCAUCGAGCCUCUUGCGCUACCAAUCGACCGUAGCCGCAUCCGCCCCACAGACAGCAUCAGCGGACAGACCUCACGACCAAUCUCAGGAGGUCAAGCAGCCUGCCAAGGUCGAGAACGGCGAGGAAGGAUUGAUACCGCGACUGGAUCGACGACGGUCGGCCGGCGAAUUGAAGCGCUUGUGGAGGCUCGUCUUGCCCGAGAAGAAGACGAUCAGUAUUGCGACAGCACUGCUCGUCGUCUCUUCGACGGUCUCGCUCAGUGUGCCAUACACACUCGGGCGCAUCAUCGACCUCUUCAGUGGGAACAAUGCCAGCGAGCUACCCAUUUCCCUACCUGCUGCCGCUGGCUUCCUUGCCGGCUUCUUUCUCGUCGGCGCAGCAGCCAACACAGGCCGAUCCAUCCUCAUGAGGAUCGCUGGCCAACGUAUCGUCAAUACACUCCGCGUCAACGCGUACACAUCCGUCAUGCGACAGGACAUGUCUUGGUAUGAUCUACAAGGCCAGCCUGGCAAGGCUAUAGAAGCCCCCAAAGAUACCCCCACUCAAGAUGCGUCGAACGCUGUCAAGAGCACCGGCGAUCUCAUCAGUCGACUCAGCAGCGAUACUAGCGUCGUCGGAGAUAGUCUCACCCGAGAGCUCAGCGAAGCUCUCAGAUCACUUGUGACUGCCAUAGCAGGCGUCAGCAUGAUGUUCUACAUCUCCGCCAAGCUCACAUUUGUCAUGCUCGCCAUCGUUCCACCCGUCGCCAUCGGUGCCGUCUUCUACGGACGUUUUCUCAAGCAGCUCUCCCGCAAAGUACAAAAAGCGACAGCAGACAUGGUUGCGACGACAGAAGAACGUAUCGGCGGCAUAAGGACGGUGCACGCCUUCAAUGCUGUCCAACCAAUAGAAACAAAGCGCUUUCAGCUAAGAGUGGAUGAGAUCUUCAACCUCGCAAAGCUUGACGCAGUCUGGACUGGCGUCUUCUACGGCUCUGCAGGCUUCUCGGGCAAUAUCGUCCUGCUCGCCCUGCUGUCCUAUGGCGGCACACUUGUAUCACGUGGCGAGAUAUCCGUCGGCGACCUGUCCAGCUUGAUACUCUAUACAGCCUAUGUUGGCGGAAGUAUGACCUCAACAGUCAGCUUCUAUGCGGUCAUCAUGAAAGGGCUAGGAGCAGCAGGUAGAGUGUUCGAGCUGCUCGACGCUCAGCCGGCCUCUGUUGUGCUCGAUCAAGGGGCGAUCCUACCUUCCAACGAACCCCCGAGACCGCUCAGCUUCCGCGACGUCAAAUUUGCUUAUCCUUCUCGACCUGGUACCGAAGUCCUCAAGGGCAUCGAUCUUACCAUCGAGCCAGGCACAUCCGUUGCCAUCGCAGGUGGUUCAGGCUCAGGCAAAAGCACGCUCGGUAACUUGCUGCUCCGAUUCUACGACCCCCUCUCUGGUAUCAUCACAUAUGGCAAAGACGACGUGCGAUCCUUGACGCCCCAAUCUUGGCGUUCGGUCAUUUCUAUCGUACCGCAAGAUCCCUACUUGUUCUCCGAUACGAUCGCCAACAAUAUCGCAUAUGGCUGUCCCUCUGCUACGCUCAACGAGAUCAAAGCAGCUGCCGAGCUCGCCAACUGCGAUUUUAUCGAGACUCUACCGCAAGGAUUCAAAACGCAAGUCGGUGCGAGGGCCGCUCAGCUGUCUGGAGGACAACGUCAACGGCUGGCAAUCGCACGCGCGCUCGUACGAAAACCCAAGAUCCUCAUCUUGGACGAGGCAACGAGCGCUCUCGAUGCAUCGAGUGAAACGCUCGUUAACGAUGCUAUUGCUCGCAUAACGGCCGAUCUUGGCCUGACAACAAUACUGAUAGCUCACCGUCUGAGCACACUGCGGACGGCAGACAAGUAG